UGUUAUCAACACUAUCAGAUGUUUCAAUAUUUAUUAGUAGUGUAUAUCAUUUGAAAGUGGCUCAUUUAAGUUUCGUGAUCAAAUAUGAUUACUCUCAAUUCAGUUAAACACUUAACUAAUAUUGCUACUAAAAAUGUUGUGGCAUCCUACAAUAGAAGUUUUGUCACCGGAGCAGUCCGGCAAUCAAAAACUGAUACUACUGAAAGAAGCUUAAAAUCUAUUAUUGAUAAAAAUGAACCAACAUUAUUAAGAAAUGACAUAGUAACUAAAAAACUGCCAAAUGAAGGUAGUGUCCAAGGUUACAUUGAGGUCAAUAGGAAGGUUGACAUAAGUCCAGUAAGUGGUGUUCCUGAAGAACACAUAAAAACUCGUAUUGUAAAAAUAAGUAAAGCUACUAAAAAUGUAAUGCAAUCUGGAACAGAUAAUACUCAUAGUUGGGUUAUGGAAUUUGAUAACAGACAACGUUGGGAAAAUCCUUUAAUGGGAUGGACAUCUACUGGAGAUCCAUUAUCUAACAUGCGCCUAGAGUUCAGUAAUAAAGUAGAAGCAAUCAAUUUUUGUGAAAAAAAUGGAUGGAAGUGGUUUUUAGAUGCUGAACAUAAACCCAAACCCAAAGUUAAGUCGUAUGGUAUUAAUUUUUCUUGGAACAAACGUACAAGAACAUCUACAAAAUAAUUAUUUAUAAUCUCGAACUUCUUUCAUUUUUAUUAUUAGUAACUUAGUAAAUACAUUGCAAAAGUAUAUUGUUAAUUUUUUCAAUUAAACUAAUUUUCUACUAAAUAUAAAUAAAUCAGGAAAUAUUUGCAAUUAUUAUUGCUUAAAAUAAAUGUAUUCGUUGAA